UCACGAUUCACCGGUAUACCGGUAUAUCGCGGUGCAUGUCGUGAAAAAAAUCGCACCGCGGUACGGCGUUGCCGCACCGGUUUUUUUUAAAAUAUUAUUAUAUUAGCACAGAUAUAAAUACAUUACAUAUUUAUUUUGAUAUAGAUAUCGUUUUAAAAAAUGUAGAAGCGGUUCAAAAGGGCUAAAUAAAUAAUCCGUUAAUAUCCAGGUCAAGCAAGCGCUUCCACUUGUAGAUGUUUAACUUUCACGUUUAAAAUACGGCGAUGUAUGGGUCCGUACCUUUUUUGGAAUUAGGGACAGAUUUCCUUUGCAAAUAAGUUCAUAAUUAUCCAAAAGAUGUUUAUUCUAUUUCUUAUUUUCUUUCUUUAGUAUAUCGAUCGUUCAAAGCAUGGCACUUCCGAAUCAUGUUAUCUUAAGAUUCUGAAUAAGUCGAGGAAGAGUCAGAACGCUACGGAUUUUCAAUACUGGGCCCGCUGACUCCGCAUUUUGAACAUGCUCUUGAAGCGUUCGAUUUACACAGAUCGUAGUCACAGCUAUUGUAAACAACAUGGCGGACAUUUUAGAAAAAGACGCGAACAAUAACAUUAUAACAAUGACUACUUCUAUCAAGUUUAUUACAGUUUCUUUUACAGUUUGUAGUCAUACUAUGAUACCAGUGUUUUCUGAUUAUUGAGUUUAAUAAAGUUUGUAAAACUUGUUAUUCUGCUGUUUUCUUCACAGAUACAUAUUCUGUAAAAUAUCGCGGUACGUACCGCGAUACAGUGUUGCCGUACCACGAUAUACCGCGGUACGCUCACGGCGUAUCGUGACAGCCCUAAUCUGAUUUGAUUUUACUAAAAAUGAUUACUUUAUAGUUGAUUCCGAGUAAUAUGAACAUUCUUCGCCGCGCGUGACAGCUAUAUUUCAGCACUGCUGAAAUAAAGGUUGCCAGAGGGAACGCGAUUCUUCAGCUGACCAACAAAAGCCCACGGACAUUCUGUGUACUUCAAGCCAUGAAGAAAUUCACUGGAGGCUUGGGAGAUGACGAUGACAGGGAGACAGGGGACAUGAUGGUCUGGCAGAAAUACUUCACUAAGCCCAUUGAAGAGACUGACUUUGUGGUGUCUACAUGCAAGGCUAAUGGGGAGGCAGCCCAUCUCAGCUGCAUUGAGGUGGAUGGGGAAUAUGUCCUGUGUGGGGGAUCCAAGAACGUACACCUGCUCUUCAAAAACAAAGCUGAUAUAGACAACUAUGUGGAAUCUCGGUACAGAAUCGCCACAGAGAUAUGUCACACUGUGAUGGAGUUUCUAGAUAGGCUGGAGAGCAUGCAGAGGACAGAACUGUUGGCAUUCCUAGUAGCAAGUCGAUACACUGCUGUAUUUGAAAUCCUGUCACCACUACAUCAACAUGUUGUAGAUCUCACACAUUUAAAAAGUCCACAACUGAAGUUUAUCACGUGGACCAAGUGUGAAUUGGAGGCUUCAGAGAAACUGCAACACCUGAAUGUGGUCCCACCACAUGUUGGAAUUGAGAUAGCACGAUGUCUAGGACUUGAUCCAGUGGACUAUGAGAUCAUGGAGAUGAAAGACUUGGAACCUCACAUCAAACAGAUCCGUCAAGGGUUCAACACAGAGGGAGCAGUUCUCUAUUUCCAUGACAACAAGGGUCAAGUGAUAGGUCUUCUCAAGAAGAAGUCAACAUGGUACAUUAUAUGCCGGGCUAUAAGAGAGAAAGUGAAAAAUGCGGUGUCCUCAAUGCAGAGAAAUCCUAAUACAUUUUCUAUAUCACGGUCUCUGAACCAGGCUGAGAAGAGGAUUAAAGAGAUACAGCAGUGGCUGGGUCUUGAUGAUCCCACAACCAGGGAGUGGAUGAGACUAGGCAGUGCAUGUGUCAAGUGGGUGAUACAUGAAGUGGAGCAAGGAACACUGACCAAGGAGGAAGUGGCAGACUUGUUCCCAGUCUACUGGAACCGGUUUUUAAGUGAAACAGGAAACUCUGACAAGGUCAAUGUUACAGACAACUCAACAGACGUUGGUGCCUGCAAAAGUUGAUAAUACUGUUUAUUAGAGCUCAUUGGGUCGUUUUCGACGUGAAAUGGCUUGAAGUGACCCGGAGGUGACUAUUAGCCGAUUCUAGUCACCCGGUCGGCUUGAAGUCACCCCAGGGUGACAUGAAUCGGCUUGAAGUCACCCUAGGGUGACAUGAAUCGGAUUGAAGUCACCCUAGGGUGACAAGAAUCGGCCUGAAGUCACCCAAGGGUGACAUGAAUCGGCUUGAAGUCACCCUAGGGUGAUAUGAGUCGGCUUGAAGUCACCCUAGGGUGACAAGAAUCGGCUUCUAGUCACCCCGGGGGGAAAAGAAUCAUUUCAGGUCAACAAUGCCCCAAUGAGCUUUAUUAGACCUUAGUUAGAUCAAUUAUACUAAACAUAUGACUAUAAUACUGGUUAUUAGUCUUUAGUUAAAUCAAUUAUACUUAUCAAAUGUUUAUUUGUUUACUUUUUAUUAUACUAUAGUUACAUCGACUGUCAUUAAAAGUUGAUACUACUGUUUCUUAGACUAUAGUUACCUCAACUACAUACUUAAAAGUUGAUAUUACUGUUUAUUACACUAUAGUUACAUCGACUAUACAAAACUUGAUAAUACUGUUUCUUAGACUAUAGUUCAUGUAACAGUGACUAUACAUAAAAGUUGAAUAUACUGUUUAUUAGACUUUAGUUACAUCAAGUAUACUUCAAAGCACUGCAGAUGGUAAAGUUGUAUCUACAUGAUGUCUAGGCCAAGUUAGAACAUGGGCCUUGCCGGGUCAAAAACUAGGUCACGGGAUCACUUAGUGCGUUUUAAACAUUCAGCAUGUUGUCCACUCUCUAAUUUAAGUAGUUUUCAUCCAAUCUUCACCAAACUUGGUCAGAAGUUUUAUCUAGAUGAUCUGAAGGCCAAGUUCAAACAUGGGCCAUGCCAGAUCAAAAUCUAGGUCACAGGGUCACUUAGUACGUUUUACACAUUGAGCAGGGUGUCCGCUCUCUAUUUCAAGUAGUUUAAAUCCCAUCUUCACCACACUUGGUCAGAAGUUGUAACUAGAUGAUGUGUAGGUCAACUUCGAACAUGGGCCAUGCCAGGUAAAAAACUAGGUCACGGGGUCACUUAGUGUGUUUUAAACCUCACCAUGUUGUCCGCUCUCUAAUUCAAGUAGUUUUUAUCCAAUCUUCACCAAAAUUGGUCAGAAAUGCAUCUUGAUAAUGUCUAGGGCAAGUUUGAAUGUGUCAUGCCGGGUCAAAAACAAGGUCACGGGGUCACUUAGUGUGUUUUAAACAUCACAAUGUUGUCCGCUCUCUAAUUCAAGUAGUUUUUAUCCAAUCUUCACCAAACUUGGUCAGAAGUUGUAUCUAGAUGAUGUCUAGGUCAAGUGUGAAUAUGGGUCAUGCCGGGUCAAAAACUAGGUCAUGGGGUAUCUUAGUGCGUUUUAAACCUCACCAUGUUGUCCCCUCUCUAAUUCAAGUAGUUUUCAUCCAAUCCUCACCAAACUUGGUCACCCAAACUUGGUCAAAAGUUUUAUCUGAAUGAUCUCUAGGACAAGUUUGAACAUGGGCCAUUCCGGGCCUAAAACUAGGUCACUGGGUAUCUUAGUGCUUUUUUUUACAUUCAGCAUGGUGUCCGCUCUCUAAUUCAAGUAGUUUACAUCCGAUCUUCACCAAACUUGGUCAGAAGUUUUAUGGAGAUGAUCUUAAGGCCAAGUUAGAACAUGGGCCUUUCUGUGUCAAAAACUAGGUCAAGGGGUCACUUAGUGCGUUUUAAAAAUUGAGCAUGGUGUCCUCUGUUUUCUGUGAAGUCGACAUGCAAAAUAUUAUGUGUCAAUGCGGCAUGUGGGGGUUUUUGUCACGUCUGUGACAAAGCUCUUAAUAUAUUAGCAGGUUAUUAAACAUGCAUUUGAUUCUUCAAGUUUUUUAGCUCACCUGAUUGCUCAGGUGAGCUUUUGUGACCGGUCUUUGUUCGUUGUCUGUCCGUCGGUCGUCCGUCCCUAUUUGUUCGUAAACACUCUAGAGGCAACAUUUAUUGUCCGAUCUUCAUGAAACUUGGUCAGAAGCUUUGUCCCAAUGAAAUCUCGGUCGAGAUUAAAACUGGGUCGUGCCGGGUCAAAAACUAGGUCACUAGGUUAAAAAACAGAAAAAACUUGUAAACACUGUAGAAUUCACAUUUCAUGCCCAAUCUUCGUGUAACUUUGUCAAAAUGUUUGUCUUAAUGAUAUGUUGGUUGAGUUCAAAAGUGGUUCCGGUCCGUUGAAAAACAUGGCCGCCAGUGGGCGGGACAGUUUUCCUUAUUUGGCUAUAGACAAACCUUGUAAACACUCUAGAAGUCACAAUAUUUGCCCAAUCAUCAUGAAAGUUUGUCAAAACAUUGGUUUUAUUGAUAUCUCGGACGAGUUCGAAAAUGGUCCAGAUCGGUGAAAAAACAUGGCCGCCAGUAGCGGGGCAUUUUUCUCUAUAUGUAUUUAGUGAAAACAUGUGAACACUCUAAAAGUCACAUGUUUGGCCCAAUUUUCAUGAAAUUUGGUCAGAACAUUUGUUUCCUUGAUAUGAGAGUUGAGUUUGAAAAUGGUUCCAGUCAGUUGAAUAACAUGGCUGCUGGGGGGGCAGUUUUCUCAUAUUUAUAUAGUAAAAAAAGCUUGUGAACACUUUAGAAGUCACAUUUUUUGCCCAAUCAUCAUGAAACUUGGUGAAAAGAUUGGUUUUAUAUAUAUCACAUAAUUAAUGCCAUAAUUAUUGCCUUUAGAUUGUCCAAAUUUUCAUUAUAUUAUACAAAAUCUUUGUAAACACACUCUAGAGGUCACAAUUUUGUUUCAGACUUUAAGAAUCUUGGUCAUAAUAUUUAUUUUUGUAAGCAAAGUUUGAUGUUUGGUAAGGGGGGGUCAACUCAAAAUAUAGGUCACCAGGUCAAAUCUUACAAAAACAAAAUCACUCAAUAUGCCAGAGUUUUGGUUCAAUAAUGAUGAAACUUUACCAGGAUGUUUGUCUGGACAAUAUCUAGCUCAAGUUUGACGUGUGGUAAAGAUUGAAGGAACUGACACCUCUCAGGUGAGCGAACUAGGGCCAUCUUGGCCCUCUUGUUCUUGUUAUCUAUGAAUGUAAUUGUAACCCUGCAAACAAUUUUUGUAGGGGGGCCUGAUUGGUGUUUGUUGGCACAAAAUGAUAUAAUUUGGCGGUGUUUUUUUGGGGGUGUAAAAUGCUUGUCUUUUCUCAAAUGAUCACCGUCAAGUGUAGAUGUGCAAUACAAUAUAUUUCUGUGCUGUCAACCAAUAAAUCAUGAGUGCUAUGCCCCUUGUUUUAGCAAUUUUUAUUGAAGAAGCAUACAAUGUACUUAUUAUGUCGUGAUAACUUAUUGCACAUUUCUUCGUCAAUUAAAUCAAAACUUUAAAUUUUCAGUGACCCACUUAUUUUCUAGUUAUGUUCCUUGAAUUUUGCCAUGGGUGCUAUGGAAAAUAAAUGUUUGAAGCAAACUAAGUAUACAUUUCUCAAACAAUAAAACUGAAACUGAAAUCUGUCAUCAUUAUGAAUUAUAAGUGAACAUGUUAAGAUUAUAAACAUCAUUGACAUGUAUUUACUGUUGAAUUUAUAUAUAUAUUUCUUCUGUAUCAUGGAUGCUGGUAAUCACUUUCUAUUGUUGUUAUUUAUGGUACAUGUACCGGUUCUUUAAUAACGUUCUGCAUAUGUAUAUUGUGCAAUUAUUUGUAAGAAUGUAUAUCUUAGUUUUAUGAGCAAAUCAAUUUUUGUAGAAAAAUUGUAAUGCACUGUUAAAGUUUUAUACAAAUAUAUUGAUGCAUUUGUAAAAACUUUCAAAAUAUAUUUUCUUUAUUUGCAUUAAUUGAGGAUUGGAGCGGUUACUGAAAUUAUAUAAAAAUGUUCGUUUUCCGUUAUUCAAAUAUACCGGUAUUGUAACUUCAAACCUUAGAUUCAAAUGUCCGAACUUAAGACCUUCCGAAACAAAUCUUAUAGGCAUCUUAUUUAAAACUUGUAAUCAUUUUUGAAAAAUUUAAUUGAACAGUAUAAUGUUCGUCAUCUGUUUUAACAAAUUGUAUUUUCGGAUGUUAUAAGUUAUUUCCGGUAAACUUUUAAUCAGUAACCCUCAUUCAGUACUAAAUUGCACGUGUCCUUCGUCUUGAUCGCGUGAAAGAAUUUUAAACACGAGGAAGUGACACUUUUAAUUUCUUUUACCUCAUAUUGGAAAGAACUUAAAUUUUAGAGGAUAGAUUGUUUGAAAUGAACACUCGAGCCUAAAUAAAAUAAAAUUAUACCUUAUGGCAAACACAUUUAAUUUAUUGGUUAAUUAACGAAAUUCUGUUAAGAAAUCAUUGAUUUGAUAUAUGGAUAAAGCUAAUACAAUUAUUUGCUAUUUGAA